AUGGGUACACAUUAUUUAACAUUAACUGAAAAUUGUGAAAGUGAAUUAAUGGCAGAUAUUUUUAGAUUUGCUUCUUUAGUUAUUUUGGAGAUUCAAAAAAAAUUUCCAGAUCAUACAGAAUUAGAAGAAUUGAUUAGAUUUUAUGGAAAAUCUUAUUUACCAAAUUAUCCUAUUUCAAUAAUUGAUUCUGAAAAUAUAAGAAAUGAAUAUGUAGAAUGUGAAUGCAGAUCUUCUAAGCAAAAUAUUAUUAAAACAGAUCAUCGUAAUAGGCUUAGUAAUAAUACUCUUCAUUUAUUAUUAUUAGUUAGUUUGGAUGAUAUACAAAUAGAAGAUUUUGAUUUUAAUCAAGCAUUUGCAAUUUGA